AUGAAAAGAAAACUUGAGGAGGAAUCCAUUAAUUUAAUUGGUCGAACAGCUGCUGAACGGAGUCUAGAUAGAAUAUAUAAUAGGCAAAAGGCAGAACUUAAAAAAUUAAAGUCAAAGGAAGAUGAUACCAAAACAUAUAUUGCAUUUAAUAAACAACUUCCAUUUCCAGAAGUUUCUAAUAAAGAUAACACUUUAAAGUCGGAUCCUAAACCUACUGUGAAGUCGGAACCGACUAAAAGGACACUCAAUGAGGUUCUGGACGAUUUGCGUAAAAAACAUAUCCCAAACAGAAACAAAUUCGCUAAAGGAGUCGCUCUACUUUCUAAAUUAUCAAACUCUUACUUCAAGGAAUCCUACAAAACGGAAACUGACGUCACUCACAUGGACUUCUUUAGUGUUUUUAACACAGUUAACGAUGUUUUCGUGAGGGAAUUUUCAGGAAUAGUACCAAAAUACUGUUUAGAUGAGAAAGCUUCACUCUCUUCCUUAACAGAAGUUAUUGAUUAUCUACUUAGUCUCUCUAACAAGCCAGAUUCUGCAGUUGUUAAGGCUCAGACUAAGGACGAGGUAAAGUCUGAGCAAAAUGAUAGGAAAAUCAGUGCUGAAGAUAAAAAAUUAAACCAAAGCCUCAAUAGAUACAGCCAUAAGUUUACUCUUGAGGAGGUUUUAUUCCUAAAGCUUCUAAAAGUCAGCUUCUGCUACGCUUCAUCUCUGUGGUAUGAAAACGACCCGUUUGUUUUUCAUACAAUUGUAAAUAAUCUGAAGGGCUUUUUCGAGGAUUUCCUUUCCGAAACAACUAAUGGAUUCGUUCUAACUGAUCUGAGCAGGCCAGUUGGCGUGGGUUUUGAGCUUCCGACCAGAGACGAGCUUAUGACUCUACAGCUCAAAUCGUUCGUCAGAACGCUUUCAGUUGUUUUCACAUUCUUUGACAUGCCAUGGUCAAAGUCGUCCCUCGUGCCUUUGUUCAGUUUAGUUUAUCUAAAACGUGACGUGUUUGACGAAGCCGAUAAGACCAGGAUAACCAACUGGCAGUCCCACAUUAAUUCAAAUAGGGCCAAAGGCUACAAGUGUAAGUCAACUAUCUAUACUAACUAUAUACAAAUAUAUACAUACUAUAACAACCAAUGGAAUAUAAAUAUAAAUAUAAUACUCAUAAAACUAUUCAAUGUUUAG